CUGGGCUAGGCCGACAGUACCACGGUAGACUUGGGUGGGUGGAGACGCGCGUCCCCUCUCGCUCGUCCCGCUCGCUCGUCGGCGCUCUCUGUCGCGCCCAUCGUGUCCUCUCUGUCCCGCUCCGUGUCUGGCCCUGCGGCCGCGCUCGACCAACUGUUGAGGUGGACAAGGAUGACGCCCCGGCAGAGGUCCGGGCGCGCGUCCGCCGGGCGCCUCGGCGUCCUGCUCGUGGCCCUCGUCCUGCUGCACCUGGCCGACGUCACAAGCGCGCGGCGCGUGCACUCCAAGCGCUACUCGGAGAGCGGGCCGCAGGCGCAGCAGGCCGCCCCGGCCGCGGGCCAGACGGUGGCGCCCGAGGAGGACGAGGACUACGACUCGACGGAGGCCGAGGACGACGAGCGCGUGUACAAGAACCCGAGGAACUCGCCGUCGGCCGUGUGCCCGAGGGACGAGGAGCACGCCAACUUCCUGGGUCAGACGUGCCUGCGGAAGUGCUCCUCCGAUGAGGACUGCAAGAGCAAGAAGAAGAAGUGCAGGUGCGACGGCAUGUGUGGCAUGUCGUGCAUCAAGCCAGACCGCGAGUGUCCGGACCUGGACCAGCUGGCCAUCGGCAACGUGACCACCACGGGCCGCUUCUUCGGCGACUCGGCCACCUACACGUGCGAGGCGGGCUUCCACCUGGUGGGGCUGCGCGUCCGCACCUGCCAGGCCGACGGCAAGUGGUCCGGCCAGGCGCCCACCUGCAAGAGCGUGUACUGCCGCACUCCGCCGCCUAUGGACCACGCCCGGCACAGCGCGCUGCCCGCCCAGACCACGUUCGACGUGGGCACGACCCUCAAGUACCAGUGCCACUCCGGCUACGUGACCAACGGCUUCCCCACGGCCAAGUGCCUGGCCAUGGGCGGCUCGGCGUCCUGGUUCGGCCCGGACAUCUCCUGCGAGCCCCGGACCUGCGGGCAGCCCGCCGACCCGGAGAACGGCUGGCACAAGGCCUCGUGCUACACGUACACCUGCCGCGCCACCUACGAGUGCGCCAAGGAGUACGAGCUGGUGGGCCGGGCCGAGCGGACCUGCCAGGCGGACGGCACCUGGAGCCCCAAGGACCUGCCCACCUGUGUGCUGGUUGCAGAGGUGGAGUGUCCCGCCCCGGAGAACCCCACCAACGGGCGCGCCAUCUACACGCGCCAGGCCUACAACUCGGUCGUGUCCUACGAGUGCAACUACGGCUACUCGCUAGUGGGCGACUCGACGAGACGCUGCGGCGCCGACCGCCGCUGGUCCGGGCACAAGCCGGCCUGCCAAGAGAUCAAUUGCGGAGACCCCGGGCCGCUGUACAACGGAUGGCUCGAGAACUUAGAGGGAGGCACGUUGCUGGGCGCCUCCGUCAUCUUCCGCUGCAAGGAGGGCAUGCGCCUGGAGGGGAAUGCCUCGUCCGUCUGCCAGAUCGACGGCCACUGGCGCUACCCGACACCCCGCUGCAUGGCGCCGUGCGUCGUGCCCAAGAUCAUCAACGGCACGGUGUGGCCGCGGGGCGUGAUGAGCAACUCGACCGACGACCCGCUCACCAUGAGCACGGACGGCGCGCAGACGGUGCCGCACGGCGAGCAGCUCAUGGUGCGCUGCGAGCCGCGCUACGAGUUCCUCAACAACGGCACGCCCGUGCUCUGCAACAACGGCACCUGGACGCAGAUACCCAAGUGCCAGCCAGCGCGCUGCAAGCGCAUGCCCCGGGUGCCCCGCAACGGCUACGUGAUCGCGCCCAAGACGGACCACGGCAUGCGGGCGCGCUUCGCCUGCCGGGACGGCUUCACGCUCCGCGGCCAGGACGUCACCGAGUGCUCCUACGGCAACUGGUCCGGGGAGAUCCCCCAGUGCGAGGAGGUGUACUGCCCGUUCCCCGGCUACGUCGAGAACGGCAAGGUGAUGCUGGUCGGCAACAUGGGCCUGUACGACUACCGGCCGUACGUCCGCAAGGUGACCAACAACAAGCAGAUCAUGUACGACUGCGACAGGGGCUACGUGCUGGCCGAGGGCCCGCCCGGCGCCACCUGCCUCAGCGGCGACUGGAGCCCCAAGCAGCUGCCCAGGUGCGUGCCGGGCAAGCACCCCCGCCUGCGGUGGAGCCGCUCGGUGCGCCAGCGCCGCGCCGCGCUCUACGCCGCCCGGCUCCGGGCGCUGUCCUCCUGGUCCAGCGAGGGGAGCAGCUCGUCCUCCGGCGGCCACAGCGACAACGAGGAGAGCAACCACGUCGUGCACCACCACCGGCUCACGGCCGCCACCCCCGCGCCGUCCGUCGAGUUCCAGCCCUGGGGAGCGCCCGUCAUGGACCACGACACUGUCCAGGACAGCAGCCUGCUGCAGCCCUCGGAGGCGAGCCGCGACCUGGUGAGGCACUUGCUGGGCAAGAACCUGUCGCCGGACGGGCAGGACCACCCGCGGGGCCACGCGCGGGCGCCGCAGGACUCGGCGCACGUGGCGGGCAACCCCGACAUGCGACACAGCGACAGCCACCCCCUGUACGGGCGCGUGCAGCCCGCGCACAACGGCGCCGAGCCCAUGGGCAUGCCCAGCGUGGUGUCCUGGUUCACGGCGGACGGGCGCACCCGCGAGCAAUGGCGUGCGGAGCGGGCCAGGAGGGCGGCGCACCCGGACCAGGACCCCGACGACGACGAUGUGUCCGACUCCGAGUCCGACUCCGAGUCCGAUGAAUCGUCGUCCUCGUCUGCCGCGUCCUCCGAGGAGACCUCCCACGAGCACCACGCAGCCGCGCCCGGGUCGACCAAGAGCCCCACUCAAGCCAAGAACGGGACGGUGCUGUCGCGGCAGGCUCGCGCCUCGCGGACGCGCGUCGGCCCGCAGGUGAUGCGCGCCAACCGGCACCGCGGCGGCGACCGGAGGAAGAGCACCAAGACCAGGAAGGACUCGACCAAGAAGACGUCGCCCGGCAACACCGUCACGUGCGAGUCGCUGGACAUCAACUCGUUCACGCACGUGGUGGUCACCAAGCCCGGCCGCGACCACAACGACUCGGCCUCGUCGGGCUCCACGGUGCUGGUCACGUGCGAGGUGGGCUACCAGCUCAGCAUCGGCGUCAACCUGACGGCCAAGUGCGUGCGCGGCCGGUGGAAGCCGGCCAAGCCCGAGUGCAUCAUCGUGCCUUGCCGCAUCCCGGAGACGGAGCACGCCAUCUACCGGCGCGUCAACGACUCUGCGCUGCUCAUCGAGGACACGGAGGUCAGCAGCGACGAGGAGGUCAAGUUCUCGUGCAUCAACGGCUACAACCCGGUGGGCGCGCUGCGCUUCCGCUGCAAGCACGGCGAGUGGGACGUGUCGGAGCUGCCGUGGUGCGAGCCAGUCGCUGCUUCCCGCAGCCCCAACGCGCAGGAUCACGUCAUCGUGCAGCACAGCGGCGUGCAGCACAGCGGCGUGCAGCACAGCGGCGUGCAGCACAGCGGCGUGCAGCACCACGGCGCGCAGCAGCACGGCUCGCAGCAGCACUGGGUGCAGCACCGCGGCGCGCAGCUGCAGCACCCGGUGCCGUGCGUGCUGCCGCACGUCCAGGACGGCCAGUACCUUCUCGGCUACCGCGCCGGCCUGACCGUGGGCCCGGGCUCCAUCGUCAGCUACCUCUGCUCCGGGCCGGGCGGCCCACCGGGCAGCCUGUCGGGCUCUGAGCACGCCCGCAGCGCGACCUGCUCGCGGACCGGGGUCAUGGCCCCCGAGCCCCGCUGCGCAGGCGACGACACCAACUACCGCGGCAGCGACUCGGGCGGCGACAUCGACCUCUUCGGCGAGGUGGACAAGGGCGACCGGCGGUCGUGCACUCCGCCGGGGAAGGUGCAGGGCUCGCUCGUGUACAUCAACGGCCACCCCAUGAAGGACGGCGAGAUGAGCUUCCCCGACGGCACCGAGGUGACGUUCAACUGCAUGGCGAGCAUCAUGGGGGAGAAGUCGACGUGGCGGAUCCUCUGCGAGGACGGCACAUGGCUUGGCCGCUCCCUCAGCUGCGACAUGGAGGACCUCGCGGACAGCAAGAUGAGGGACAAUACGACCUGCACCCUGCGCAGCACCGAGCCCAACGUCGUGUCCUUCCACAACGACCAGCUUAUCACCGUGGACGUCGUCGACCUCCCCGCCGGCGCGGUGGUGGUGUCCCGCUGCCGCGACAUUGGCAAGUACCAGCUGAUCGGGUCCAGCCACCGACGCUGCGUGAGCGGCGAGUGGGACGGCCAGAAGCCCGUCUGCUUCGGGCUGAACCAAGAGAACGACUACGCGCUGGAGAAGCCGCCCACCAUCCUGUUCCGGCACAGGCUGGGGGCCAUCGCCCAGAGCAACGACGGCAAGCUGAUCGUGUACCCAGGCGUGGUCCUGCACAUGGAGUGCCUCUGGAUACGACGCUUCGGCACUCCCAAGUGGUCCGUGAGCCACAGCUACCGCUCCAACAAUUCUGCUGUUAUCGUUCUAACUGACACCUUGAAUACGACUAACUCGACUGAUGCACCACAAAAGAUAUACCCCACGGGCUGGAACUCGGAGGACGGGCGCGACUCGGCGCUCGAGUACCGCCUCAGCAUCCUGCACGCAAGCCAGGACGACUCGGGCGAGUUCACGUGCACCACGCCCACGAGGCACACGCACUCCGUCACCAUCGAGGUCAAGGCCGUGAACUGCCCCAAGCUGCCGGAUAAACGGGGGCUGGUCUACUCCUCGACGUCGACCAAGAUGAACUCGCGCGUGUCCAUGUCAUGCCCGGGUGGCAACUCGCUCAUCGGCGCCUCCGAGAUCGUCUGUCUCGCGUCCGGGAACUGGUCGGCACCGUUCCCGGUCUGCGAGAGUGAGUCCCUAGGUGCUUGAGCUUCCUACCUACAAACACGUACUCGUGGCACCGUCGUGUGUAUAGGGACCUGCCGAAGGACUCGAGCCCUCUCUCGCCCGAGCCGUUGCCCCCUUUCGCGCUCUCAUAGAAUUUGUAGAGCAAAAGGUGUCUGCAAAUGGUCCAGAGAGGGCCCGAGUGAUCGGCUUCCCUAUAUCGCCCUCAGUAAGUAGCACGACUCACGUAAUCUGAACGGCAAAUUUCCAUUUGUCGAGUCAGAAACAUGAUCGUCAUCAAACUCUUUUGUCAGCUGAACAACGUUAUACUCGUGAAUGACGGGUGGAUUUUCAAAGUUCAGAACGAUUAAGGCGAAACCGACAUAGCAAAUUUGAAAUAAGUGGCACAUUUCGCAGAAAGCGAUGAAAAAAUGUUUUCCCCAAUUUGGUGACGCGUCAAUUUUUCAUUGCGCAAAUAAUGGGGUUAAUAAGCGCCACCGUGACCCGUUCAUUAGCGGGCUUCCGGCGGCAAAAUUAUUGUCACCUUUACAAAAGAAAUACACUUUUGUCCUGCUCGUGCGACAAAACUGAAAGGUGAGCCGAGAUAAGGUGAAACUAGAAAAGGUGACAAUUUAGUUGCCGCUGGAAUAUCAGUGAAGUUGAGCAGCUGGCUGGGUUUCAAUCCAUCGGCCUGCUUUCGCUUUGCAUGCCCAUUUCCUCCAUGCACGCCGCGCACAUGGCCCAAAGAACAACAGCAAAACCAACAAAGGCGACGCACGCAGCUUCUAUCGGUGUGGAUGUGUUGGAUAACGCUCGCUUGUUCACCGGAGUCAAGAAGAGGAGUCCCCUCCUUCACCGUCAGCAUCAUGUCCACAGUCAUGAACCCCGCC